CCAGAGAAAAAUAGCAGUUUUUGUGUUUUAUAAUGUGUAAGAUGUUGUUGCAUUUUCAGACCAUGAUAUUGCUGUAUUAGGACGCAUCUAUGUUAAACUCAUCAAUGGACUACACUUCAGAACUUCUGGUUUUACAUUGAAUGGACAAUUUUACUUAAUAUAUAUAAUAAGCCCAUAAUAUAAUCUCACUGUCGAAAUACUGUUUUACAUAUAUUUUUGUGAAGAAUAUUGACAUCCCACUAUAGAAAGAUGUCAGCAGGAAUAUCCAUUAUCGAGUUUUUGGCAGAAACCAAAGAAGAUUUCAGCUCGCCAACAACUUCAACAUUUACUUCCAAAAUGUCACUUUGUCGAUCCACAAUAUCAGCUCUUGAAGAGAGUUUGGACUCUGAUCGUUCAGCAUUAAAAAAGAUGAAGAAUGCUGUGAAAGCCAUGUACAACUCUGGUUCUGCACAUUCGGCAAAUGAAGGUGUAUUUAUUGAAAAUUUGGAACGACUUGGUUCUCAAGCCAUGAAUAUGAAAGAACCAGAACCGGAUAUUGGAUCUGCUUUUCUCAAACUUGCAGUUUUCACAAAAGAACUUACAUCACUACUGAAAAAUUUGGUCACAAGCAUUAACAACAUCAUAAUGUUUCCUUUGGAUUCUCUGCUAAAAGGGGAUUUGAAAGGAAUAAAAGGGGAUAUGAAAAGACCAUUUGACAAAUCAUGGAAGGAUUAUGAUACAAAAGUUAAAACUGUGGAAAGAGAGAAACGCCAACUUGCGAAAGAAGCCGGAAUGAUUAGGAAUGAAAUAAGUGGUGGUGAGAUUGCAGAAGAAAUGGAGAAAGAGAGAAGAAUGUUUCAAUUACAAAUGUGCGAGUAUUUGAUAAAAGCAAAUGAAAUUAAAACGAAAAAAGGCGUGGAUUUAUUGCAACAUCUCAUUGACUACUAUCAUGCGCAAAACACAUUUUUCAGCGAAGGGUGUCGAGUUACAGAACAUUUCAAAUCAUAUGCCACUGAACUUUCUGCAAAUUUGCAUUCUAUUCGUCAAUCACAAGAUGAGGAAAGAAGGCAACUUGUUGAAUUACGAAAUUUACUCAGAACUUCAGUCGGUGAUUCAAAUUCUUCCAAAUCCUCAGCCAGUGUUUAUAAUCUUCAUCAACUUCAGGGAUUAAAAGAAUUUGGUAAUGAAAAGGUUGGCUAUUUGAUGAAGCGCAGUGAAGGAUUGCGAAAGGCUUGGCAAAAGCGGAAAUGCACAGUUAGUGACGGAUAUCUCACUAUAUCUCAUAACAAUGCAAAUAAAGCUCCAGUGAAACUCAACCUUCUUACAAGCCAAGUGAAGCCAGUUGCUGAAGACAAGAAAAUUUUUGACUUAGUGUCUCAUAAUCGAACAUACAGAUUUAUGGCUGACGAUGAAUCAGAAUCAAUUGCAUGGGUUUCAGUCAUAAGCAACAGUAAAGAAGAUGCUUUGAAUCGUGUAUUUGGUGAAGAAGGAAGCAGUAAGCAGCAAAACUCUGGAUUACGUGAAUUAACAAAAUCAAUUUUAGAUGAAGUGAAGCAUUUGACAGGAAACGAUAGAUGUUGUGAUUGUGGAGCUGCAGAACCAACCUGGUUGUCAACAAAUCUUGGCGUUUUAACUUGUAUCGAAUGUAGUGGAAUUCAUAGAGAUAUGGGAGUCCAUAUAUCAAGAAUCCAAUCUAUUACGUUAGAUGAAUUGGGAACUUCUGAACUACUGGUUGCUAGAGCUGUUGGAAAUGCAAGUUUUAAUGAAAUCAUGGAGAGCCAAUUAGAUCUCAGAGACAAGCCUACACAAGAAAGUGACAUGGAAACAAGAAAAUCUUUCAUUCGUGACAAAUAUGAAAUUCAUCGUUAUGCUAUGCAUACAUGCAUGGAUGAUCCCGAUAGACUUCUAGAAGAUUUAAUGCAAGCAAUUAUAUCAAAAGAUAUCUGUGCAUUAUUACAAGUUUUUGCUGAAGGAGUUGAUUUAAGUUCACCACUGCCUGGUUAUAGCAACGGUGAAACUGCAUUGCAUUUGGCUAUAAAACAAGAAGACAGAUCAAGUCUUUUUAUUGUUGAUUUUUUGGUUCAAAAUUCUAGUGCAAGUCUAGAUCGUCAGACAAUAUCUGACGGCAACACACCAUUACAUUUGUGUGCCGAAUAUAACAAAUCCGAAUGUAUGAAGCUACUUUUGCGAACAAGAGCAAGAACUGACUUGAAGAACACUGCCGGUGAAAAACCAGUUGAUACUGCCCGUAGAACAAGAAACUCCUCAUGUGAAGAAAUAUUAACACAAGCUGCUUCUGGAAAAUUUCACCCAAUUGUUCAUGUAGAUGUGGAUUGGAAUUUCUCAUUUGUGGAGGAAGACGAUGAAUUUGACUUUGUUGCUGACAACAGUGAUGAUGAACUAGAUGGCCAGACAGGUCAAGAAAAAUCGGCAACGUUGGGUCCUCAUUAUAACAGUCCUUUUAAAUCUGGUCCUGGUUCUCAUGCUCGACCUGUUAGCGCAUUAAAUCCCAUCAUGCCAAUGGGUUCAAUGAGCACACCUGAAAACAGUGUAAAACAUAGACAAACUUUCAGAGAUCGUCAAAAACCUAUUGUUCCGAGUUCGAUACACAGUCCAAGUGCUCCACAACCACCCCCUCGACUGGAUAAAGUUAUGCAUCCUAGUUCAUCAGUACAGAACAUUUCAAGAUCAAGAAGUAGAACUGUAGCACCAACUGCAAGUCUACAAGAACAUAAACGAACAAGCUCAGACUCGAGAUCUAAUUUUUCGAAUGUUUUGCCAUCUAGCAAUCAACAGAAUCAAAAACAACAUCCUGGGAUUACUAAUGCAUUAGAAUCAAUUUUACAAAACAGAGGACCUCCGGGCAGAGGCGGUCCUCCACCACUGCCACCCCACAAUCCAACUCAUAACAACCUUAAUAGGAACAAGCAACCCCAGAUUGCCCCAAAACCAGAACCUAGAAGAGACUCGAUGGACAAUGAAUCGAGCGGCAAAACAGCGAAAAAGUACUUGAUUAAGAAAUAUAGUAUGCUGAAAUCUAGGAGAAAACCACGAUCGUCAUCUGAUAUUGUGGUGAAUAAAUUUUCAAGUCAACCAAUUACACCGCAUCCUAUCGUUCCUCCUGCAAUACCUGAUAAAGCAUCUGCCUUAUCUAAGGAUUCUCCUCCACUACCAAGAUCUUCGGGUUCCAGUAGUUCCAGACCUAGAAAAGUUCGUGCUAUUUAUGAUUGUGAAGCAGAUAAUGUUGAUGAGCUUACUUUUGUUGAAGAUGAAAUAAUAGUUGUGACAGGUGUGGAAGAUCCAGAGUGGUGGGUUGGCCACAUCGAACAUCAACCUCACAGAGCUGGCGUAUUUCCUGUCAGUUUCGUACAUUUCUUGCCAGAUUAAUAGAUUCCUCAAUGAAGCUGCACGCUCUCAUAUUAUUAAGUCAUAUUUUGCUGAAGCCCUGUACUCAAACCUGAAGCUCAAAUCAUUUAUCUAUAUUAGUAGCUUCUCCAUCUCUUCAGAAAAGUACAGAAUAUACACUGCUCAAUAUGAGCAUUGGGUGUUUUAUAGCAGCCUCCGAAGAAAAGCAUAAGUUAGAUUUAAAUGCAGUUGGGUCUACAUGUCUAUUAGAAUAUGUUGUUGGUACCCUGACAACAAUAUUACUAGGAUUCUUCUGUCAUUUUGUAGCUUGUCUCGUUAUUAUAGAUAAGAUAUUCUUUUAUCUAGGUCUUUCGAGAGGGUUUUAUAAUAUAUUUUUCUAUGUGGUUUUUGUUAAACAUAUCAUGAUUGAUGGAUAUUGCAUUUACCAAGAUUCCAACAUUCAGACAUUUGUGGUAAAUUUUGCAAAUUACACUAGUUCAAAUACACAGAGUUAAUUCAAUAUUUUCUGUUCAUUUUUACCUGCAUUCCAUGACAGGCUGCCAUUUCUUAUGUAGUUUGCUCAGGGGAAAAUGUUACCGGUAGUACCAAAUCAGAGUGCUCAUAUUCGUUGUUAUGAUAUCCAUGGCCACAAUCACUCAUCAUCUUGAUUUUAGGGGUUGCCUGUAACUGGAUUUCAUUAUCUUUUAUUUGCAAUUACUGUAGUAAAAAAAGCUAAAAUCCUCAUUCUGCUUGUUCCGGAUUCCCUGAACAUCAUCACAUCAAGCUUCUGUAUUUGAGUAUAUCCCGAGUAAAACUUAGUUUUUAGGUAUCAUCUGUUGAUUGAAAUUCACUAAAUGAAUUCUCUUUCAACAAGCUUUAAUAUCAGCUUGAAAGUGGCAGUAUUUCACGUUAGUGCAUAUUUAUUUUAUGAAAUAGUUAUGAAAUGAAAGUUUUUUGUGGUGAUAUGGAUUUUUAUGGAGUAUGUUAAAACAAUGACACAAAGCUGAAAUUUUUGAACAAGCGAUGUAUUAUUUGGAAUUAUUGACAUAUGACGGGCUGACUUAGAAUAGACUGACAAUAAUAAUCUUCCUGCAUUAUCAAAUUCAAUCUUCAUAAACUUUAAUAAUAUUCUUCAUUCAAUUAACAUGGCCUGAUUUGUUAGAUAUCUAAAACUAUUUCUCAUAUAUUUUUAUCAGAUAUAAUGUUAGGUUUCAGUCUUUCCUGGCUAUUACAUGUAGUUGAAUAUUUCAUUCUAAGCUACUAAGAAUAAGGGAGUUAGCACCUUUGGUAAAGAUAAUGCUUUCACGCCAUUGGAUGGCAAAAUCUUUGCAUGUUCUGUAUGUAUUUAACACAUAAUAAUAAUUAUCAUACUCUUAACUCACAUAGGAAAUAAUAAAUUUGUUAUGGUAUUGUUGCCCUCAGUAGGAAUGAUUAUGUGGUGACAUAUCUAUAACCAUGUGUAUUGUGUUGUUUUCCGACUAACACAUUUCAAAUUGUAUUUGUGCUACAACCUUGUGUAUAUAAAUAUAUAUAUCAAACAUUACUAUUAGUGACAUGAAUUUAUAUACUUUAAUAAUCAGAGAACAAAGUGCUAUAUUUUAAUUUCAUAGCAGCAUUCUGUGCAAUGAACAUGUUCAAUUAGCUCAACCGAUGAUGUAAGAUCUGAAAUAUUUAUUGGUUGUAUUGUUCUGAUUGUAAAUGAAUAUGAACAAUCAGUGAACCUUCUUUUCUAGACUUGUGUUGUAUCUAUGCUGUACUGUAUACCCAUUUUCCUACCUAUUAUAACGUUCACAAUUUACAGAUUAAUCAGAAACUGCCAUUGCAUUAAUGUUGUCUCAAUUGUUUCGUUGGCAAUUUAUAUAGAUGAGAGAUGCUCAAAUUUUAAUAUGUUAGCUAUCCUCAUACAAAACCUCACCAGUAUUUUUAGCUUCAGUUAAGAAGGUUCUGUAAAAUAUUAUGUGAAAUCUGAAUCUUAUUUGUUCAGUAAUUGUAGACCAAUGUUCAUCAGUGAAUGGGAAUAUGCAGAAUAUACUGAAAUAUAACAACAGUAAUUAAAUACUUUGAUUUAUUUUGCAUCUUUCUGGUUUAUGAUUGGUUGACAUAAUGCAAACAGUGGGAGUCGAUCCCCAAUUGCAAUGGGUGGUUGUAAGUAAAAUCAGAAGACAUUUUAACUUUUAUUUGAGCUUGAAUUGUGAUCGUAAAAUAUCUCUUGUGAAAUUUUGUUUUAUCUGUUUUGUGAUGUUAUAUUUUUACCAAUGCUUCCUCUAUUACAACAUGCUAACUAAGAAGACAUGGAAAUCUUA